AUGAUUACGACUGAUCGAGACACGCAGUUUGAGUCCACACUUUUUCAAACUCUCCUAAACUUCCUUGACUGCACACGUAUUCGGACGACGGCCUACCACCCAGCUGCCAACGGCAUGGUUGAGCGUUUCCACCGCCAGCUAAAAACUCCACUGCGAGCCGCAGAAGAUCCCGAAAACUGGUCAGACAAUGUACCCGUUGCACUACUUGGCAUUCGUGCGGCACUGAAGUCAGACUUGGACUGCAGCGCAGCCGAAUUGGUUUUCGGCACUACCCUCCGACUCCCUGGUGAGAUGGUCACCCCAACCUCUCGUGGUGCCAAAGAGAUCCCCGAAAAUUUUGUGCAUCGUCUGCGACAAUUCAUGCGCUCGCUUUCCCCGGUUCCACCUCGAGCUCCAUCGACCGAGUCUUAUGUUGAAAAAGGUUUAGCCAACUGCACCCAUGUGUUCGUUCGGUGUGAUCGUGUGCGAAAGCCGUUAAAAUCACCAUUCGAAGGACCGUUCCGUGUGCUUGCACGUAACAGCAAGACCUUUCGGAUCCUGCGAGGUGACAAAGAGAACGAAGUCAGCAUCGACCGGGUCAAGGCUGCAGUUGCAGAGGAGCCCCCGGACGUGUCUCAAGGACAAGCAUGUGCUGACCCCAUACCUCCUCCCACUCCUUUUCCACUUUCCUUACCUAUCCCUCCGUCCCGUAUACUUCCUCUUCCUUCUUGUUCGCAGCAUCAAACUGCAACCUCUUCCUCCACCCUUAACUUGUCCACUACAACGCCUACUCAGCUGCCUCCAACAGUGCCUCCCGCAUAUAUCGCCCGCAGUGGACGUCACGUUCACUUUCCCGAUCGUCUAGUUACUCAUUUCUCCUAG